AUGGACGUACUAACAAAGAUAAAGAAUUAUCAAUUCAAGAAUUACCAAAGUUCAUCCCAUUCAAUCUACCACAGAUUACCUUUGAAUAGGAGAUCUUCAGUAUUCAUUUUAUUGUUCCAUCAUAACGAUGAUUUGAAGGUGUUGUUAUCUCAAAGGUCUUCAAAAUUAAGAUCAUUCCCAGGACAUGUUCUGUUGCCCGGUGGUAGAGCUGAUACACCUUUAGAAGAUGAAUGGAUGACAAGUAGAAGAGAGAUGGAAGAAGAACUAGGUAUUCCACGAUCUAAUGAUGGGUUGGGACUCCUUGGUUGUGAAAUUGAAAAGAUAAAUAUCAUGCCAAGUUACCUAUCAAGAACUUUAAGUUGUGUGAGACCUUGUAUUGGAUAUUUAAGAACUUUCGAAGGAUUUCAAGGUCUUGAUCUUAAACUUAAUCCUGGAGAAACGAGUUGUGUUUUCAGUGUAUCUUUAAAAGAUUUCACUUGGCCAGAAAAAAUGAUUUCCGAAAUUUCAAUCGAUAAGUCUACAUUGAUAGAAAGAGAUUUCAAACCAGUCAAAUGGGGAGGUAUACCUUGGAAAUUAAGAAGUUACAUGGUUAGUAGAGAUGAUGACGUAGAUUGGAUUUCCAACGUUAUUGAUUUAUCUGAAGAAAGUGAAUCAGAUAUGGAACUUGAUCCAAAUUAUAAGACCCCACAACCUAAUGAGAAAAAGUCAGAGAAAUUAUCUAAGAAGGAGAGAUUACAACAAUGGGGAAGGUUAGGAUCUUCGAAAUCAGACGCCGGUAAGAUUUUCGAUGUCUGGGGUUUAACUGCCAAUAUAAUUCAUGAUUUAGCAGUAGUUGCAUAUAGUGAACCCAAAGGAGAAAUGGGAGAAGAAGAAUUGAUUUAUUCUCUAUUCAAAAACAAUUAUAUGAAAGAAAGGAAUGAAACUGAAAAGCAAUUGAUUCUGGAUGAAAUUGGUUUCAAUGAUCUUUUGAGUCGUCAGGAAUUCAAUGAUUUAAAAAGAAUUUAUAAAAUUUAG